AUGGUUGAUAGCAACCCAUCUUCUGGAUCACCUGAAGACACUCCAAACCCCAAUCCUGAUGGAAAUGCACCUUCUGAGAAUGACCUUACACUUGAUUCUCUAUCCCAAAAGGUUCAAGAAUCUUUCUCUGUUGGAAAGAAACAUAAAUUUUGGGAAACCCAACCUGUCGGGCAAUUCAAGGACCUCGGGGACAACAGUUUGCCUGAAGGUUCAAUUGAGGACCCAAUACCGUUAUCUGAAGUCAAACAGGAACCAUACAAACUUCCCAACCUCUAUGAAUGGACCACAUGUGAUAUAGACUCAGAAGAGAUGUGCACUGAGGUCUAUAACCUUCUUACAAAUAACUAUGUUGAGGAUGAUGAGAACAUGUUCAGAUUUAAUUAUUCAAAGGAAUUUCUUCGUUGGGCGCUACGGCCUCCAGGUUAUUUCAGGAGUUGGCACAUUGGUGUCCGGGUCAUAAGUUCAAAGAAGUUGGUUGCCUUCAUUACUGGUGUUCCUUCUAGAAUCCGGGUUCGUAAUGAUGUUGUUAUCAUGGCAGAGAUUAAUUUCCUAUGUGUUCAUAAGAAGCUUAGAUCAAAGAGACUUGCUCCUGUUAUGAUCAAAGAGGUGACUAGGAGGGUUCACUUGGAGAAUAUAUGGCAAGCAGCUUAUACUGCUGGUGUUGUUCUCCCUACGCCUAUAUCAACUUGCCAAUAUUGGCACAGAUCUUUGAAUCCGAAGAAGCUGAUUGAUGUUGGGUUCUCUAGACUUGGUGCAAGAAUGACAAUGAGUCGAACAAUCAAACUUUACAAGUUACCCGAGUCAACAGUCACCCCAGGGUUCAGAAAAAUGGAGCUCCAUGAUGUUCCUGCAGUUACACGGCUACUUAGGGAUUAUUUGAGCCAGUUUGUUGUUGCACCUGAUCUUGAUGAAAACGAUGUGGAGCACUGGCUUCUUCCAAAGGAGAAUGUUGUGAACAGUUAUCUGGUUGAAAGUCCAGAAACUCAUGUAAUCACUGAUUUCUGCAGUUUCUACACUCUUCCUUCGACUAUCCUUGGCAAUCAGAAUUAUUCGUCUUUAAAAGCAGCUUAUUCCUAUUAUAAUGUUUCGACAAAGACGCCUUUGCUACAGUUGAUGAAUGAUGCUCUUAUUGUUGCAAAGCGCAACGAUUAUGAUGUUUUCAAUGCAUUGGAUGUCAUGCAAAAUGAAUCAUUCUUGAAGGAACUGAAAUUUGGGCCAGGUGAUGGUAAGCUUCAUUAUUAUCUCUACAAUUAUCGGAUCAGAAGUGCAUUGAGACCAUCGGAGCUCGGGCUUGUGCUCUUAUAA